AUGCCUGGAUCAUUUGAGGAAUUCGACGAUGCUGCAUGGGAGCACGGCGAUGCACUUUUCGACGAGUGGAAGCAGAAGCUCUACGACGAGGAUCUCUACCAUGAGAUCGUUCGGAAAGUGGUGAAGCAUCGGAUGGGGGGCGAUCCUCUGGAAAUAUGUUCUCCGCAGAGAGGCGCUUUCAACGUCUACUAUCGCAUCCGCUUCGCUGAGGGCGCCGGAGCGAUGAUCCGCUUUCCCAUGCCGGCGUACUUCCAGUACGCUGAUGAAAAGCUCGUGGCAGAAGUUGCCGCGAUGCGCUACAUCUCGGACAAUACUACCAUCCCAUUACCUUUCGUUCUUCACCAUGGUAUGAAAGAGGAGAGCCCUGGUGGACUUGGCCCCUUUAUGAUCAUGGAAUGGGUCAAGAAUGCAGGUGAUGUCGUCGACGUCUUGAACAAGCCUGGCCUUGAAGACGAGGACCCCCCAAUCUUAGAUCCCGACAUCAACGAGGAGAAGCUUGAGCAGAUGUACAGCCAGAUGGCCGACAUUCUCCUCCAAUUGUCCCGGUGCAACUUCACCGCCAUAGGUUCACUUGGCUUUCGGGACGAAGAAGAUAGGCCAGAAGUCGCGACACGACCCCUCUCCUUGAACGUGUCCCAGCUUGCCAACUUCGCUCGCGUUCCGCACUUCCAGCUACCCUAUAUCUCCACAACCUUCACAACUUCCUCCGAAUACUACACGGCCUUAGCUGAUAUGCACCUUCAGCAACUUUCCUUCCAGCGCAAUCAAGCCAUUGAUUCGGCCGAGGAUUGCAAGAAGAAGUACAUUGCCAGGCAACUCUUCCGGAAACUUGCCUCGGAGUCCCGCCUCGCAGAUGCCGGAUUCAAUCAGGGCCCCUUCAAGCUCUGGUGUGAUGACCUGCGGCCUGCUAACGUGCUGGUGGACAAGGACCACAAGAUAGCGGCCGCGAUCGACUGGGAGUUCACUUAUGCCGCCCCUGCCGAGUUUUCUUUCAGUCCUCCGUGGUGGCUUCUGUUGAAAGCCCCCGAAGACUGGGAUGCGGGUCUGGACGACUGGGUUGAGAAGUAUGAGCCUAGAUUAGCGACAUUCUUACGCGCCCUCGAAGCCAAGGAGACGGAGUUCAUCGAGCGGGGCCGCUUGACGAAGUCGGAGAUCUUGUCCUCGCGCAUGCGCGAGAGCUGGGAGUCCGGCCAAUUCUGGGUGACAUAUGCUGCGCGGAGAACGUGGGCCUUCGAUGCUAUUUUCUGGAGAUUCCUGGACGAGAAGUUCUUUGGAACGAAUGAGGGCGGCGACUCUAUGGACAGGGCAAAGCUUCUGCCACAAGAACAGAUUGAUGCCAUGGAGCAUUUUGUGACGAGGAAACUCCAGGAGAAAGAGGAGGGCACGUUGGUCGACUGGUAUGAGACGGAUGCCGAGGCUCGUCUGCCGCCGGACAUUCUGAGCGUUGGAUCAUCGGCCCCGGCCCAGCAGAUGGCAGGAUUGACCGGUGCAUUUGCCGGCAUGCGCGUCGCCAAGGGUACGAUGCGUGGAACCGAUGACUAG